CAUCCACUGAAAACGAAGUAUCUARAGCAAAGUAAAAAAAAGAUGGACUUUAUUCAAAUCCUUAUGCUUUAUCUCGUUACUGUUAUUGAAAUAUCUACCGGAAAUAUUCCCAGAGAGAAUAUUUCACUUUCUCCUUCAACAUGGCCUCAAGAAGAAUACCUAAGGUUAGAAACGAUUUYUCUUAGAAAGAAUCCACGGCCGAAGCCUCUGGCUUACAGUGACACWAAGGGCUUAGUGGCGGGAACGACUAGUGCACUCGCGGUACACGCGGGAAUAGACGCGCUACGAAAAGGCGGGAAUGCGAUGGAUGCUUGUUUAGCAACAGCAAUGGCAGAAAUUCCCUUAACAGCGGGAGCAACAGUUUCCUUCGCCGGGGUAGCAAACAUUCUUUACUACGAUCACGUGACCGGAAGAGUUCACAAUCUAGACUCCGGAUGGAAGAUCCCAAGAAACAGAAACCAGGAACAGAUUCCGUCGCUGGAGACGCUGGGAGACUCAGUACUAGUCCCAGGGUUCCUUGCGGGCAUGUUUGAAGCGGCUGAGUUCUCGAAGUUUCCGCUGAGUACAUUACUUGAGCCCGCGUUGUUCUUUGCUGAGCAAGGCUUAAAGGUGCCUCACAGUUUGAGUAAACUGAUGAAGCAAUACUACAACAGGCACACGCUACUCAAGACUGACAAAGGUUCAAAAAUCUUCACCAAUCCACAAACCAACAAGCCGUACGAGCCAGCCGAUCUCUUCCGUCAGCCACAACUCGCCAAGUUCAUCCGAAACAUCCAAAGACACGGCAAAAACUACUUCUACCGAGGCAAAUGGACAAAAAAGYUGUUAGGGACGGUCCGAAAACACGGGGGUUACAUGAACGCUAAUGAUAUGGCGCAUUACGAAGCACAGUGGAUUGAGCCCGCGAGGACUAUGUACAACGCAUAUCACGUGUUUACAACCGGGGCAGACUGGGGAGGAGUUGAGCUGCUGGAGAUGCUCAACAUAAUGAACCUUGCAGGAUUGACGCUAUCCAACGAUACCUAUCUGACAAACGCGACAAAGUUAUUAUCAUUAAUAUCUAUAAGCCGAUACAGCCAGUUUAUAUCUGCAUACUCGCAUGCCAAUCCUGAAGCGUGGGGCACAUUGCACGAAUACUUUCACAUUGACUCCAGCCGUAAAGGAAGAAUGUCCAAUGCAACGGCAAAGCUGAUAUGGAACCGCCUUAGCAACCAAGAGGGAUUUGACAUGAUUAGUGAACUGAUCCACGAAUUAUUGACCAGUGUCCCGGAUGUUGACCGACAUCGAGAAAAUCGUCGUGGAUCGUCGGGGAUUGYUGCAAUGGACAAGGAAGGGAAUGUUUGUUCCAUGGCCCACACGGCCAAUUCUAAACCGUGGGGUACUGGGCUCUUUGUUCAAGGCGUGGCACUGCCUCAUUCUGGUGCUGUGUUACGCGACAUGGUGUCACGUGGUCAACCAGGAAGUAGAGUUCCUUCGGGACUUCAACCUGUGAUUGUCUUCAAGAAAAAUACAAACAAAAAAUCUACCUCGYAUUCAUUCUCAAAGGGAACUCUUCYGCGCAUUGAAAAGCCCUACAAACGAGAAAAAAAUCAAGAAAUCCUCGAAAUUAACAGCRAAAUAAUCAAAAAAGAAAUAUCUGCACCAAAACAAAAGUCAGCCGUGAAGCAACCGAAAGAAUUGCUUUCCGACACUUUGAAGAAAAACAGCAAGAAAGGGUAUUUGAGUAUUGUGAAUUUGAUCAGAGGACAAGAUAGCAGUGAGAAACCCCAUGGGAUUGAUGGGGGUAACCAUAAGCCCAACCCUACUUCAGGACACGAGAUGAGUACGAUGGAAGUAAUCAAUUCAAGUGUCGUAGACACAAACAAAACUGAAAAUCAAGAAGCUGAUAAUAUCGAGGAAGGAGUCAACGAGAAGAACGAUUCUAAGAAAACUGAAGUUAAGAAUGAAUGGGAAAGGGAAUGGAAAAAUCAUUGGGAGUAUGAACUUGAAGAAAACGAGAAGGAAAACGAAUUGAAGUAUGAUAAAUGGAAAGAAAAUGAAUGGGAAAAUAAGAUAGAAAGAGAACCGCUUGAAUCUGAAGAGGRAGAAAAUAAAAAUCAAAACGGGAAUGAAUUGACAGACUCAAAAUAUGAAGAGGAACCUGAAACGAUCGGGGGUCUGUUUGAUAUCAAUGAAUUAAAUUCCGACUACGGAAAAGAUACUUCCACCAAGACAGCUUCAAAAAUUUCUUCCUCUCAAUACGCAGUGAAGAAGUGGUUUCGAAAUUUUGUUCAGAAACUGCUACAGCAAGAGAAUAAUAAACUCCCUACUGGCCUAAUCACUCGUAAAAACUACAAAAAGAAGCGAAGAAAUAGGCAACUCAAGCCGGCGGCAGCCUUGUCAGUGAWUGGUCAAUCCGCAACGGAAGCCAUUUUACAGUACAUCAACAAUCUCCUUGACAACGAGAUGGAUGCAAAACAAGCUUCAGAAACGCCCAUGUUUUUUUCUUCGACACCAGGCUCCCUUCGCCAGGACGUGCGACUGGAGCGGUUCUCAUUCGACCAAGACGUCAUCAAUGACGUCAGGUCACGUGGACAGAAUGUCCGCGAGGUCAUGCAUAAAGUGAGUCGAGUUAUCGCGGGUUUUGGAGCGGUGUUAACAGUGAAGGRCAAAAGAAUUUACGGCUGUAGUCAUCCUGAUAGUGAAGGCUUUGCAGAAGGCCACUGACAGGACUCGACUAGCGAGAAAGAUAUUACUAGAAGUUCUAGUAUGUAUGAAUAACGAUUGAUUGCAUACUCAGGUUUAACCUCGUAUCAGUGUCUAAAUAUUCACAAAUACCAACGGUAAAGUAAAGAAUGCACAACCUCAACAAUACAAACACUUUGAAACUCAAUGGAUCUUCACUGGAACACAUUAUUAUUCUGCAGAAAAUCGAGGCUAAGCCUGAGCAACAAAGAACUCAAAACUAGCGUAUUGAGAAGAGGAAAGGUUUAUAAGUUAGGCCAAGGGAAGUGGAAGAUCAAAAAGUAGGGUCAUGACUUUUAGGCUCGUCUUGGAAAAUGCACGRAUGACAUUAAAAGAUUAUAAAUCUGUGCCAAAAAUUGGACGUCAUGAGUCUCCAAACCCUUCUCUACCUCAUGCCAAGUGUAACUUUUAGUUUGGGCGCAUUGUUUUCCCAUUUCAGACCACGUGUCAUUCUCUUGAGAAUAACAUUUUUUGUUUGAGUUGYAUCCAUAUUCAUGUGUCUUCUCAUGCGCAACCGUUAAACAAAGAAAUGAUACUCUAGGGAAUGACACGUGGUCUGAAAUGGGAAAACAUACGCUCACGCUAAAUUGGUCUAYUUACAACUAAUUUCUAUUCUAGAAUUCAAUUUCCUACUCAUCCAUCCAUGUAUAUAUCUCUGUAUUACAAAAUAUUGGACAAAAAGUUUGAGAUAUAAAGAGCGCGCUGAUUGGCUCGCUUACAUCAAAGGACAGAUGCUCCUCAAAAAUAUUUCAUAAAAGCAACAUAAACGGCUGCUUGUGUCUCUGCACUGUGAUAUAAACAUUCYGAGAGCUUUAAAGCACUACUACGUCUCGUGCCCCUAAGCUUGCUUCUUUCUUGCUCUACAGCUCCCAACCUGCUUAUAUCACAGUACAGAAACAUGCGUGCACGUUUUAUAUUUCAUAAUUAUCAAACUCAUGAAUAAUUCAUGAGGAAAACACAAC